AUGUUCAGUGCCAAAGCUGAGGUUCCCCAAAAGGCAGUGCUCCAAAUCAAGCAAGAUGACAAGUUCUUCAGCAGGCUUCUCUCAAAGGAAAAUUCCUUAUCCAAACCCUCUUUCAGAAUGGCUGUUGCAGUCCCCUUUGUGUGGGAGUCUCAACCUGGCACCCCCAAAUACACUUUCUCGGAGGGCACUCUCCCUCCUCUCACUCCUCCACCUUCCUACUAUGUUAACUCCACCAACAAAAACAAGCCAGUGAAGAAAUCCUCAAGAUCCAAUCUCUUCCUAGCACUCUUCCCAAAGAUAAAUCUCAAGAAAACCAUUCUCUCACCCUCCUCCUCUUCUUCUCUAUCUUCUCCAUCACCCUCUCGGUUGUCAACCUCAGAUUCUUCCAAAGUUGUCCCAGUUGGGAAGCAUUCCAGGAGGCGUUUCCUAAGCUUUGGUUCAUCUUUUGACUUUAGGGGAGAUGAUGAAGAUGAGGGUUCCACUUCACCGACUUCAACACUUUGCUUUGGCCUUUCUCGUUCCACAAGCACUUUGGCUAGUUUCAGAGGCUCAAGCAGGAGGUCAUGA